AUGGUAAGUUGGUUUUUUUAUAUAAGACUUAACAUAUUUUGUAGAUUAGGCAAUUUUUUAGCUUUUUAAGGAUUUAUUUAUUUAACAUAACAUAUUUAAGGGUUUUUAUGCUUUAUUUUGUUGUAGGUAUACUAAACUGUUUCAUUGUUUCAGGGUGUGGAUAUUAACCAUAAGAACGACCGCAAAGUGCGCCGCACAGCUCCAAAGAGCGACGACCCUUACCUUCGUGUGUUGGGACAAGUAAGUUGUUAUUCUUUCUACUUUUUACUUUUUUAGGUAUAAAAAUUGCCUUAAAUGAUAGACAAAGUUUAACAAAGGUUUUUUGAGUAAAAUACGACAUAGUCUUUAAAGUAUUGUGUGUUUAUUUUAAUUUGCGGUUAGAUUUACACUAAAAAUGUAUUUUUUUAGGUAUACACCUACUUGAGCCGCAAGACCGAUGCCAAGUUCAACAAGAUCGUCUUGAAGAGACUCUUCAUGGCUCGUCGCUUCCGUCCUCCAUUCUCCCUUCAGCGUUUGGCCCAAGAACAAAAGCGUCCAGGAAACGAACAGAAGAUCGUUGUUGUUGUUGGUACCAUCACCGACGACGAGAGAAUCGUUGAGAUCCCAAAGAUUAAGGUAAGGAUUUGUAAAGUAUAUUUAAAUUUUAGGGUUUUAUGUUGCUUUUGAAGAAAAAUUUAACUGAUUUACAUCCCAAUAAUAUUUUUUAGACACUAUUUGAUUAUGAUUUAAAAAAGUUUGCUGGCGAUCAAAUUUAGGGUUUAAAAUGAUUUAUAAAGGGGUCUGUGUAGUUUUUUGUAACAACAUAUUUUUGAAAAGGGGAAUUCAACAAAUAAAAGUAACUAUUCUUUGUAAGCUCUUUUAACUGUUAUUUUUGCAGGUUGCCGCUUUGAAAGUCACCACUGCCGCUCGUGCCCGCAUCUUGAAGGCCGGUGGAACCAUCUACACUUUUGACCAAUUGGCCCAGAUUGCCCCACGUGGAGAGAACACCUUGUUAGUUCAAGGAGCCCGCAAACGCCGUGCCGCUGAGAAACACUUCGGAAAAGCUCCAGGUGUACCAGACAGUCACACUCAACCAAUCAUUGCCUCCAAGGGACGCAAGUUUGAACGUGCUCGUGGUCGCAGAAAGUCAAGGGGAUACAAAAACUAA